AUGGCGUAGAAAGAUUCAAACGAUACAUUUGUAUCCAGUCAUUUGUGAUGUAAUUUUGUGCUUUGAAAAUUACUGAAAUAUUUCGCUUUUUUAACAAAUUAUUUGCAUUGAAGCAUGUGGAAGUGUUUUUUCCAUUAUUCUUGUGGUACUGAUUGUCAUUUUACCUGAGUUCAUUUGAAUAUCGUGUACGCAACAAGCGACCCAUAUCAAUUAACACGUAAACCGUAACGACACUUCUUAUCAAUUUUCUUUUUCGGUGGGUGGAGAACAAAAAAAUAAAUUACGUUCCGUUCAUCGCAUAAAUUGCUAAGUUUAAAGUGUUUCGUGCACAAUUGAACUUUUCCAUAUCCAAACCAAGUGCGCAUUUUGUACAAACCAGUCGAGACAUGAAUAUGAAUCCGUAUUAUGAUCCAGAAUGGAGUGUUUUGCCUCCGGAAAAUAACCGCCGAUUUAAUCCAGCAUUUAACAUGGCCACCAUCCGUCAGGCAAUUAACGAAGCCGUCGAACGGGUGAGAAUGCCGACACCGACUCGAUUAAGAGAUUUAAUACGUCAAAUUCGUGCAGCACGAACGGCGGCCGAAGAACGUGCCGUUGUAAAUAAAGAAUGCGCCUACAUUCGAAGCACAUUUCGUGAAGAGGACUCAGCAUGGCGAUGUCGAAACAUUGCCAAAUUACUUUACAUUCAUAUGUUAGGUUAUCCAGCACAUUUUGGACAGUUGGAAUGUCUCAAAUUGACCGCUAGUCCACGAUUCACCGACAAACGAAUCGGAUACUUAGGUGCAAUGCUAUUGCUUGACGAACGCCAAGAUGUGCAUUUGUUAAUCACAAAUUGUUUGAAAAAUGACUUGAAUAGUACAACACAGUUUGUAGUUGGAUUAGCUUUGUGUACAUUGGGUGCGAUUGCAUCACCAGAAAUGGCACGUGAUUUGGCUAGUGAAGUGGAACGUUUGAUGAAAUCACCAAACGCUUAUAUAAGGAAAAAAGCAACAUUAUGCGCAUUUCGCGUUAUUCGUCGCGUGCCUGAUUUGAUGGAAAUCUUUUUGCCUGCCACCCGAUCUUUACUCAGCGAAAAAAAUCACGGAAUUUUGAUAACUGGAGUGACUCUCAUAACCGAAAUGUGUGAAAAUAGCCCUGAUACACUCAACCAUUUCAAACAGGAUAGCGGAGGUCGAGAGAUUGUUCCAAAUCUGGUGCGAAUUUUGAAAAAUUUGAUUUUGGCCGGCUAUUCACCCGAACAUGAUGUCAGCGGUGUUAGUGAUCCAUUUUUGCAGGUGAAAAUUCUUCGAUUGUUGAGAAUAUUGGGACACAAUGAUCCGGAUGCAUCAGAAGCGAUGAACGAUAUUUUAGCUCAGGUUGCAACAAAUACAGAAACGAGCAAAAAUGUUGGUAACACCAUUCUAUACGAAACGGUGCUGUCAAUUAUGGACAUACGUUCGGAAGGUGGCCUACGCGUGUUGGCUGUUAACAUUCUAGGUCGAUUUUUGUUGAACAGUGAUAAGAAUAUCCGUUAUGUUGCAUUGAAUACGCUGUUGCGAACGGUGCAUGCGGACACGUCGGCUGUGCAACGACAUCGUACAACGAUAUUGGAAUGUUUGAAAGAUCCAGAUGUAUCGAUAAGACGCCGUGCCAUGGAAUUGUCAUUUGCAUUGAUUAAUGCACAAAAUGUUCGUUCGAUGAUCAAAGAAUUGCUGAUAUUUCUGGAGAAAUCCGAUUCAGAAUUUAAGGCAUCGUGUAGCAGUGGUUUAAUAUUGGCCGCUGAAAGAUAUGCACCAACGAAACGUUGGCAUCUUGAUACACAAUUGAGCGUUUUGAUUGCUGUUGGCAAUUUUGUGCGUGAUGAUGUGGUUUCGUCGACAAUUCAACUGAUUUCGAGCAGUUCAUCAAGCGAUCAAGGAUAUAUUACCGGUCAAUUGUGGGACGCAUUACUUUCAGCACCAAAUGUCGAGGACAAGCAACCAUUGCUUCAAGUUGCAUUGUGGGCCAUCGGAGAGUAUGGCGAUAUGUUUGUUUAUGGAGAACGAACUAAUGAUAUUCCAACGGAUUCCAAUAUCAUUGAAUUCUAUCAAAAAUUGUUGUGGUCAUCUCAAGUAUCAAUUACGACAAAGCAAUACAUAUUGGUGUCGCUAAUAAAACUUAGCACUCGCUUGCAUAGCGGUCAAGAUGAAAUAAAGUGCAUAAUUGAUGGGUUUGGAUCGCAUUUGGACAUUGAUUUACAACAACGUUCAGUGGAAUUUUCACAAUUAUUCAAGGCGCACAAUAAUUUGCGUCCAGCCCUACUAGAAAAAAUGCCACCCAUGCAAAUAACGCGAGAUUCAAAUCAAAAUUCAGAAUUUAAUGAAGAAAGUGAAGAACUCAUUACGAAUGGCGAUGACAAUGGAGAGAAUUUGAAUAGCAAAAUUGCACCGAGUGAUUCAAAUGCCUUACUGGAUUUACUUGGUGAAAAUAGCAGUCCGAUGAUGUCGCCCACAUCCAUGAAUCCAUCCGAAAAGCAACAAUAUUCUAGCAAUAAUAAACAAAACAAUGCCAUGCCCAGCAGUGAUUUGCUUGAUUUGCUCGGUGGUCUUGGAAGUGAUGCAAUCACAACAUCAUCGGCAACAACAACAACGGUCGCAACAAAUGAUAAUUUAAAUAAUACAAAUGGCAUUAAUAUCCUAUCAAUGCUACCAAACACCCUAUCACCAUUGUCACCAACCACCGGCAAUAAUAUACUGAGUAAUAAUUUAUUUGAUGACCUCACCGGUAAUUCGACAAAUAACUCAAUAAGCGGCGGUGGUGGUGGUGAUGGCGGUGACAGUGUAAAAAUAACGGCUUUAGAUAAAAACGGAUUGAAUAUUACGCUAGUGCCUAACAAAAGUGUUGGCGAUGGAUGUCUACGUGUUAUCAUGUUAGCCACAAAUAAUUCACUAAACACACUCGAACAGUAUUUAUUCCAAGCGGCUGUUCCAAAGAGCUUUACAUUACAAAUGCUAUCGCCAUCUGGAUCGGUUUUACCGCCCGGCGGUACCAUUUCACAAGAGAUGCGAUUGACCAGUUCGUCAAAGUGCGCUUUGCGAAUGCGACUUCGUAUAUCAUAUGUGAUCAAUGGCAAUCCAGUACUUGAACAAACUGAAGUCAACAGUUUUUCAGAAGAUGCAUUUGACUAAGAAUGAAGACUACAAAUUCUUAUGAGUUUGUCCCUACUUUGUUUUAAUUUCGUCACUUUCAUCAUUGCUAAAUAUUGUGCUGAUUUAGUUUUUAUUAGUUCACCGUUUCUCUAUCUCUAACGCGUAAAAAACUACACACACACAAAAAAUGUUAGAAAAUGAAUUAAUUAACCAUGUAUUUAUAACUAAACAAAAAUGAAUCAAUUAUUAUAUCGAAAAUGCGUGAAUUCAUUUGCGGCAUCGUUGUGCGAGAUACAUCAACGCCCACAAAACUACUUUUACUUAAUUUUCAACUAUUCAAACAUUAUGUUUUUGUUUAAAUUAGUGAAAUGGAAAAAUAAGAAGAAACUGGAAAGAAACAAA